AUGUCAGUUCCAGUCACAGCCAAAGACUUCACACAUCAAAGCUGCACACACAAUUUUAAGGUAUCUCAAAAACUCUCCAGGUCAAGGGUGGUUUUUCGCAUCAAACGCAGACUUCUCCUUAAUAGGAUACAGCGAUUCAGACUGGGGGGCUUGCCCUGA